CAACCGCAAGCUCGGGUUCCUGGGACCGUGCAGCGCGGGACACAGCCGGCCACCUGUGCGCGCCAUCAGCCUCGCCGCUGGUGCCCCGAAGCACCCCUGGCAUGAAGCCCAACUUUUCUCUGCGGCUGAGGGUUUUCAACCUCAACUGUUGGGACAUCCCCUACCUGAGCAAGCAUAGGGUGGACCGCAUGAAGCGCUUGGGAGACUUUCUGAACUUGGAAAGCUUCGACCUGGCUCUACUGCAGGAGGUGUGGAGUGAGCAGGACUUCCAGUACCUAAGGCAGAAACUAGCGCCCGCUUACCCGGAUGCACACUACUUCAGAAGCGGAAUAUUUGGCAGUGGCCUCUGUGUGUUCUCCAGACAUCCAAUCCAGGAAAUUCUCCAGCACGUUUACACUCUCAAUGGCUACCCCUACAAGUUCUAUCAUGGAGACUGGUUCUGUGGGAAGGCCGUGGGACUGCUGGUGCUCCGUCUGAGCGGGCUGGUGCUGAAUGCCUACGUGACCCACCUUCAUGCUGAAUACAGUCGACAGAAGGACAUCUACCUAGCACACCGUGUGGCCCAAGCUUGGGAACUGGCCCAGUUCAUCCACCACACAUCAAAGAAUGCAGAUGUGGUUCUGUUGUGUGGGGACCUCAACAUGCACCCCAAAGACCUGGGCUGCUGCCUGCUGAAAGAGUGGACGGGCCUCCGUGAUGCCUAUGUUGAGACCCAGGACUUUAAGGGCUCUGAAGAUGGCUGUACCAUGGUACCCAAGAACUGCUAUGUCAGCCAACAGGACCUGGGACCGUUUCCGUUUGGCAUCCGGAUUGACUACGUGCUUUACAAGGCAGUUUCUGGGUUCCACAUCUACUGUAAGACUCUGACAACCACUACAGGCUGUGACCCCCACAAUGGCACCCCCUUCUCUGAUCACGAGGCCCUCAUGGCGACUUUGUAUGUGAAGCACAGUCCCCCGCAGGAAGACUCAUGCCCUGCCGAUGGACCACCGGGACGGUCAGCGUUGGUCAGCGUGCUCAGGGAGGCGUGCACAGAGCUGGGGCUAGGCGUGGCUCAAGCUCGCUGGUGGGCUGCAUUCGCUGGCUAUGUGAUCGUUUGGGGGUUGACCCUCCUCGUGUUGCUGUGUGUCCUGGUUGCAGGAUUAGAGGCCAGGGAAGUGGCUGUACUGCUCUGGACACCCAACGUGGGUCUGGUGCUGGGGGCUGGCGCAGUCUACCUCUUCCACAGGCAGGAGGCCAAAGGCUUAUGUCGGGCCCAGGCCGAACUCCAGCAUGCUCUGAGAAGGGAAAAUGAGAGCCAGGGCCUAGGCUCAGAGCCUCAGCUAGCCCCACUGCUGGCAGCAGGAGGGAGACAAAGCUGAGAAACAAUAAAACCGAACUGACACACUCUGGCGGCUGUUCCCUUUUCCU